AUGGAAAUAACCAAAGAAUACUCCUUUCUGGAUUAUGUGUUUGGAGGGAUACAGAUCAAUUUUACGGUUGGAGUUGAUUUCACUGCAUCAAAUGGAGACCCUAAGAAUGCGUCCUCUCUUCACUAUAUUAACCCAUACCAGCCCAAUGAGUACAUGCAGGCUAUUUCUACUGUAGGGGCAGUGGUACAAGACUAUGAUAGUGAUAAAAUGUUUCCAGCUUUAGGAUUUGGUGCUAAAAUUCCUCCAGAAUAUCAGGUCUCCCAUGAGUUUGCUCUCAAUUUCAACCUCCAGAAUCCUUUCUGUGCAGGUGUCCAUGGCAUCAUAGAGGCUUACAAGAAUUGUAUCAGUCAAGUCCAGUUAUAUGGUCCCACCAAUAUAGCCCCUGUGAUCUACCAUGUGGCCAACUUUGCCCUAGCAGCACACCAGCAGGGUGGAGCCAAGAGUUACUUUGUUCUUCUCCUGAUCACUGAUGGAGUGGUCACUGAUCUUGACCAGACACGAGAGGCCAUCGUCUACGCAUCCGGGCUUCCAAUGUCAAUCAUCAUCGUUGGGGUUGGCGCCGCAGAUUUCUCCGCUAUGAACUUUCUCGAUGGAGAUGAUGGAGUUUUACGCUCUGCUCGUGGGGAGCCUGUACGAAGAGAUAUUGUGCAGUUUGUGCCUUUCAGGAGGUUUCAACAGGCGCCUCCUGCAGAACUAGCAAAAAAUGUCUUGGCCGAGCUUCCUCAGCAAGUUGUACAAUAUUACAGGAUGAUAGGCGUAGCUCCAGAAGUUCCGCCCCCUUCUGCUGUCAAUACAUAGAACCCAAUAGAACUGGCCAAACAAGUUCUGGCUGAGGUGCCCUCGCAAGUGACCAACCACUUCUCCAUGAUGGAACUGGCGC